AUGACAAAUUUCACGUCAUCUGAACCUUUGCUGCUGGAUGUGGAAUCAGUUUCAUCUUUACCACAAUGGCUACUGACGCCAUUUAUCAUUAUAUCCAUUACAGAAACUAUUCUUGGCAUUGUAGGCAAUGGUCUUGUUAUUAUUGUAAUAUCGUGUAUUGGUAAAUCAAAUGCACUACACAGACCAUAUAAUUGUUUUAUUGUUAAUUUAGCAUUAAGCGAUUUAGUUUUAUGUUUAUUUACAAUGCCUUUGAAUACAUAUCGAAGUUUAAAUGUCUACAUGAGAUUCCCACCAGCAUUCUGUAAAUUAGCUGAUAGUUUUCCAGCAAUAAAUGUAUGUGUUUCAUCAUUAACUAUAGUUGCAAUAUCAGUUCAUCGAUAUUUUGUCGUUUGUUAUCCACAUAAAAAGCUAAUUGGAACAUUUUUAACAUUUUUUGUCAUGAUUGGAAUAUGGAUAUUAGCUAUUGGAGCAGCCAGUCCACUCUUUAUAUACUCACGUUCGUCAAAAGUUUAUGAUGAAGUCAUUGUUGAAAUGGUAGUUAAAAUGACGUGUAUAAAUUUAAUAGAUAAAUCAUGUGAAGAACACUAUUAUAAAAUGUACGGACGUUUACAUGUCUGUCAUGAAUCGUGGCCUCAACACGGUGAUUUGCGUCUUGUGUACACUAUCUUUAUGUUUUUUCUUCAAUUUAUUCUUCCUAUUUCAAUUAUUUGUAUAACUUAUUAUCAAGUUAUGGUUAAAUUAAGAGAACAUUUUCGAUAUCGAUUUUUAAUCAAACGUCAUAACAUCGCUUCGUUACGUCAUGAAAUUAGUCGUCAACGAAGAAAUAAUGUUCUUCUAUUACUUAUUGUAUCGUCAUAUGCAAUUAGUUGGUUGCCAUUUAACAUUUCAUAUACCGUGUUUACAUAUGUGAAUCGGUAUAAUAAUAUAACAGACAAUGAUCAAACACCUCAUGAUAAACAAGCAAAUGAAUUAUCUAAAUAUCUUCCAUUACGCUUUUUAAUAUGUAUGAUAUCAGCAAUAACUAAUCCAUUUUUAUAUGGUUAUUUCAAUGAAACUUUCAAAGAUGGACUAGGAAAAAUAUUUUCAUUAUGUUGUCAACAUAUGAAUAGACAGAAAAAUGAACUACAUUGUGAUCAAGUGAAUAUUCCACAAUCAGAGGUAACUCUAAAAAAUCAUCAAAAUAGUGUUUCGAGAUCAAAGACAAAUUUUCAGCCAGUAUCACCCAAUAAACAUUCAAAUAAUGGACUAUUAAAUCAUUUGUCAACUCAAUUAACAAUAGAUAAUGCAAAUCAUCUAUCAUUGUCACUAUCAUCAGCCAGUUGA